AUGUAUUCUCUAGUUAAUGAAGACGCCAGCGCCGGAUGCUUUGCCAUCGAAACAGCAAGAACCCUUCCGGUCACAUUCGAAGCCAUGAAGGUCGAAACCAGCGAGAACGACGUGAUGAAGCAGUUGCUCUCAUACGUCAAGAAUGGUUGGCCGCAGCACCCGAUGCAAAUCCAAGAUACGGCCGUCGCUAAAUUCUUCCCUAGACGCGACUCGUUGAUUGCCAUCAAGGGCUGCGUUUUCCUUGGCGAUCGCAUCGUUGUCCCGGAUUGUUACCGACAGAUGAUUCUCAAGGAACUGCACGCUGGACACCCAGGAGUGGCCCGCAUGAAAUUGCUCGGCCACAGUAAAGUUUACUGGCCGGGCAUUGACAACGACAUCGAGAGAGCUGUCAAAAGCUACGAGCAAUGCGCCGUUAACUCCAGGACGCCGAUAAAGUGCACGCUAAGAUCAUGGCCGAUUCCGAGAGCACCAUGGUCGCGCAUCCACAUCGACUUUGCCGGCCCAGUAAAUGGAUUCUAUUAUUUGGUCAUCGUCGACGCGCUUACCAAUUGGCCCGAAGUUUUCAGAAUGACAGCAGCCACGACGACGAAGACAUUGGAAUGUCUUGAGGAGGUAUUCUCGCGACAAGGACUCUGCGACACGCUGGUCUCAAAUAAUGGGCCACAAUUUGUAUCGAAAGAAUUUGAAAACUUCUGCAUGCAGUAUGGUAUUUACCACAUCAAAACGCCGCCGUAUUACCCGCAGUCAAACGGCCAAGCCGAGCGUUUUGUCGAUUUGUUGAAAACAGGGCUCAAGAAACUCGAUGGAAAAGAAAAUGCUGACAGAGUCCUUCGAAGGUUCUUGUUUGUGUUACCGCUACACGCCUUCAUUUACUCUCGGGCUGAAGUCACCGUUCCAGCUGAUGACGGGCCGUGA